AUGACGAUAUUCCAAACAUCACCAUACGGAACACCAACCGCCACUAAUAUCUUCUGUGCGGAGGUUUGGAGUGCAUUCUCCCUUUAUCGCGAACUGCCGGUUUCGACAACUAGCUCUUCCAGCUCAAGUUCAUCCACGGCUUCCACGGUCUCAUCAACCCAGUCCCAAACACGAACAAGCUCAUCUAUCCCUUCCCAGACCAGUGCUUCGACUACCAGCACGUCAGAGUCAAACUCGAGCAAGGCUUGGAUUGCAGGCGCUGUUGUUGGACCUGUUGCAGGCGUAGCUGUAAUUGCAGGUCUUGCGUGGUUCAUGUUUCGGCGAAAGCAAAAGGAGACGGAGUCUGAAAAGUCACAAGAGCAAAUCUACACGGACCUCCCACAAGAACUCUAUACCGCUCCUCAAGAGUUGCCUGCAUCCAAUUCCGAGCUUCGUCACGAGCUUGACACUUACUCGUAUAGGUGA